GUAACACAUUGCAUCCGGAGUCCAGGUCCGGUGCGGGUACGGAUUCGGGAUCCACCACCGACACGAAUAAUGAUAAUCAUUAUACUAAUAAUGUAACUAAUAAUACCGGUAAAGCUGAGGCCUCGGGGGUAGCGGACAAUACAAUCGGGACACUCAGGUAUACAGACAACACAAAUGGCACUCAUGAUAGAUAUACAGACUUUGCACAGAAUGACACUCGUGCACAGACAGCACAACCGGAGUCACCGGAUGCUCCAGAGCCAACGCAACCACCAAACACACAACCCGUUGUACGGGGAAGUGCAGAGUUACAGACUUACACGCACACACAGCCUCAUGAAAUCGCACACACAGGUGCCCAGGCACACACACACACGGAUACUCACGCAUACAGUCGAAGGCAUCGGAGCGAACGCAAGGCGAGGAGGCGGACGGGCAGAAGCACACACAGCAAACAGCGCACCGACACAGACACGCACAAACAGUUGCGUGAGGGGCCAGGGGGCUCGGAUGGGUUAGAAAAUGGACAAAAGGGGUAUGGUGGCAGAGGCGUACAAGCUGUGGCUGAGUUAAGAAGUGACCCCCCACACACACGCACACAGGAGGAUGCACGUCCAAACACUUUCACACAUGCGAAUUUGAAUGUACCGACAAGAGCCGAUGUGCGCGGAGACAACCUGUACAUUGCAACCCUAUACAACCCUACGGCGACCAGACAUGCGCAUGCAGAUACUGGACAGACUGAGCGCUACCAUAGCGCUAGUGAGGAGGGACACUCCAGUCCACUGUCCCUAUCGUCGAUAGAAUUGCCCAGUCCUGUCGAGAGAGUGAGACUGGUCGACCGGGAAAACAGGGACCGAAAUAUCAGAAAUCGGGACGGCCUUAAUCGGAACGACCUCGGCUACGCCGAUGGUCGUCAGCAGGCUACGAAUGUGUUGGAUGCGGGACAGGACCUUGAGGGUGCCAGAUCUACUAUUACUAGACCAAGUAAUGAUCGACACACUCCUACUAGAACACGUGGUACACGGAUGCUCGCGGAUUCGCCUGGCGGAAGCGAUAUAUUCAGCAGCGGCUUUAGCACAAGUGCGCCGACCUCCAGGAGUGACUACGACAACAUGCCAGAACACCUGUCGCGCACGCUUCGAGCGAACGUACAAUACCUAAACGAUGGUGAGGAGCUGUACUGUUUAUGGAUGUGUAGAGGUGUUUAUACGCAGGUACUGAGUACGGAUAGACAAUUGCGCAUAUGGCUGCGAGAUCUAUAG